UUUCAUAGGAAGAAGAAAAUCGGUAAACUCUCUGCUUUCCAACUCUGUACAGUUUCCAGAAAGCGAGUCAGAUUCACAGGCGAGAGAGAGAGAGCGGGCAUGGCGAUGGCGGCUUCAUCAUCUUCUUCUUCUCUCCUCCUCAAUCCGUUGACUUCUCGUCUGCGUGACCUCCGUUCAUCUCCGGAGCUCUCCUGUGUCUCCCUCUCCGCCGCGGCUGGUCUCGAUUCCGGCUCGGCGGCUUUGACUCUGAAGAAUCAGAGGCUGAGGCGUGUGAAUGUCUCUUCCCGUGGCCCCUCUGUCGUCUGCAAGGCUGUGUCUGUAGAGCCCGAGGCUGGAGUUGAACGGCUCAACAUUGCCGAGGAUGUUUCUCAGCUUAUCGGGAGAACUCCGAUGGUGUACCUGAAUAACAUAGUGAAGGGCUGUGUUGCAAACGUUGCUGUCAAGCUCGAAAUUAUGGAACCAUGUUGCAGUGUCAAGGAUAGGAUUGGAUACAGUAUGGUCACUGAUGCGGAGCAAAAAGGACUUAUAACACCUGGAAAGAGUGUUCUCGUGGAACCCACAAGUGGAAACACAGGCAUCGCCCUUGCAUUUAUUGCUGCUGCAAAAGGCUAUAAACUUAUCUUGACAAUGCCAGCAUCCAUGAGUUUGGAGAGAAGGGUUCUUCUGAAGGCAUUUGGAGCUGAGCUUGUAUUAACAGAUCCUGCAAAAGGCAUGACUGCGGCAAUUCAGAAGGCUGAGCAGAUCUUGAAAAGCACUCCCAAUUCCUACAUGCUUCAACAGUUUGACAAUCCUGCUAAUCCAAAGAUUCAUUACGAGACUACUGGUCCUGAGAUCUGGGAAGAUACUAGAGGCAAGGUAGAUAUAUUUGUUGCGGGAAUUGGAACUGGUGGAACGAUCAGCGGUGUUGGUCGAUACAUCAAAGAGAGAAAACCCGGGGUGAAGGUUAUUGGUAUAGAACCUACGGAGAGUGACAUACUUUCUGGUGGAAAACCUGGACCCCACAAAAUUCAAGGAAUUGGAGCAGGAUUUGUACCUAAGAAUUUGGAUCAGGGCAUUAUGGAUGAAGUCAUAACGAUAUCCAGUGAAGAAGCUAUUGAAACGGCAAAGCAAGUAGCCCUCCAGGAAGGCUUGUUGGUCGGUAUAUCUUCCGGAGCGGCUGCUGCUGCUGCAAUCAAAGUGGCAAAGAGACCUGAGAAUGCCGGGAAACUCAUAGUUGUCGUGUUUCCGAGCUUUGGAGAAAGAUACCUCUCGACGCCUCUUUUCCAGUCGAUAAGAGAGGAAUGCGAGAAAAUGCAGCCUGAGCCAUGAAUGAACUUCCUUCCUUUCUCCGCAGUUUCUUGACAAAGAAGGAACCUUUCCCUGUUUAAACACAUCUCUGCAUCCGAAUAAAAACCCUUAGGAGGGUUUUGGGGUUAAACUCUCACCUCUUGUAUUUCUUUCAUCUUCCUUUUGAGUUUUUAUAUUAAACAAAAGCCUUGCGUCUUAAGCAAUAAAUUAAUGGCGAUAGUGGGUGUAAUA